AUGGCAAGAGUGUCUUCCGUCAAGGAUGCAGCAAGGGAUACGGCGAUGGAGUCAGCACUCAGGAACUUUGAGGCAAAGAUAGCGGCUGAGAACUCGCAACCUUUGGGACGGGAUCUCGCAUCUGCUCCAACUCACUGGGUCUCUGCGCUGCCAGCCGAGAUUGAGGAGAGGGGUUUGAAUUCUGCUCCGGCGCUUUUCAGCGAUGCGGCCAUGCGCAAUGCUCUGCGCAAGAUUGCCGCCAUGCAGAUGAAGCAGGAUCAGGCGCCACCGCGCUCCAGGGGAGGGUCUCGGGGAGGCAGCGCAAAAAACUCCCACCGGCCCUCUGUUGAUGAAGAGCAUCAGCACAACCGGGCUGACUGCACUGGCCCGUCCGGUCGUGCUGAAGCUGCAAGAUUGGAAUUUGGCUGGGCAAGCCAGCAGGUCAGCAAUGUAUAAGAGCGGCGCAUUGGCGGGUGUGCACGCACUCCUUUUGACAGGUUCAGAACUGUUGGUUCUGGCCACAUUCUUCCUGAAUAAUCACGCUUUGCUCGUUUCAAACACAGUAUUGUAGCUUGCAUCCAAUGCAGCAAUGGUUGUGGAGAGGGCGGGAGAGAAAUGUCAGCAGGAUACAAGCUCAAGGGAGGUGGCCAGCAUUUCUUGUCUGGGCAGUCUGGUUGCUGUUGGCAGACGGAAUGCAGUAAUCUAUGCUCCCAAGUCCGCAUGCAGAUUCUUUGCGUGUUGCUCCUAUUCUUGUGGGGGCCACAGCAAGCAACAUGGAUCAGCUUUGCGCAUAGCUGGGAAGUCUGCAUGGUUGCAAGUGGGGGAGCAGCACCUUUAUCAGAGGGCACUGACACGAGCACACACCUGGAGAAACAAUUGCCAGUCCUUUGGGAGGUGUUGUACUUUAGUCCUGCAGGGGACCAAGGCCGGGAUUGCGUUCCAAAUGCUGCCUGGCCACGGUUCACUAGUUUUCACCACCUUGCCGGAAAGCAGCAAAGCUGCAGCGCAAAAGAUGCUGAGCAGAGUAUGGAAACGGAAAGCUUCCAUGGGUCCUGCACAGCACAAAUCCUAUCAUCCAGGAUUAUGGAGAUUCUGGGUGGGUCCAUGAAUAAAAUGAGCACCUGCUCAUCAGCAGUGCUUUCUACACUGCCAUACUCGUGCCUCUUUGGUACACCAGAGAAUUUGAGGGUUUUGCCUCGAGGGGGUUAAUGGGUGCAGUGUGCGGCUAAAAAAGAGUUUUGCAGCUUUUCAAGUGCUAGGUUUGGCAGGUUUACAUAAAAAAAAGUGCAUUUGAGCAAUUCCCAGGGAUUUUGCGUAGCCUUGUCCAAGACUCCGCCUAGCAUGCAGGUGUGUGGCUGGUCUCAGAUGGCAUGAGCGCAGCAGGCAUGUCAAUGUGGAAUUAUGUCACAUUGAUUUUCUUAUUUUGUCUUAUGGUGAUGAUCAUAUCAGGAGCCCAGCAUUGAAGGUCUGCUUGAAGCCAAGCAUAUCACUGCAGUUGCAAGUGUACUACUAUAUGACAUGAUGGUGUGUCGGUCAUGGUGUGGGUGAGGCUUGAAGCGCGAGAGUAUUUUUGCCGCGGAGGCCAUUUUGACGUGCCUUGAUUAUCUGAAGUAAGAAUUUGGAUCAGAGCGAAUUGGGUGUUCUCAUUCAAUUACAAAAUAUUCGUAGCGUUGGUUUUGGGCCAGGAUCUGGGUUUGGUGGCGAACGUGGUGGUCUGGCAAUAAUUUGUAAAAAUGUUUGCAUUGAU